GUUAAAGCAUUGGUAAACGAGUGAACAGCUGCAUUUGACACAGAGUAUCAGCGCAAGCACCCGUACGAUGUCGCACAUUCCAGCAAGCACAGGAUACACAGGCGCGGGCGCCACGGUCAUCAAUGACGACAUUGAUCGACACAGCCCCGGCAACGUCGUCGCCUCUCACCUGGAGCAUGACCAGCAAAAGGGACAUGCCUGCUGCCAGGGCAUCCAUGCUGCUCACGGUGGCGCUGGCGGCCCGGCAGAUCACGAAUCCGUUCCCUCUGCGGGGGCUGGCGGCCAACACACAAGUGCGCCCACCCGCGGCGAGCGUGGUCCCAUCGACUUGGAUGACCAGGCACCAAAGUCGCAUGCAGCACAGGGCACUGGCAGCGCGGCUCCUCAGGGCUCAGUCCUGGGUGCAGGCGCCAACACUCCAGUCAACGUGACUCCCAUUGGCGGCCAGGCACCCCCCACGAACCCUUCUGCCCAGGACAAGGCUCAGGUGAAGACUGCCACGGCUGUGGCCGGUGUUCAGGAGGACCUCAAGGGCCUUCGUGACCGCCUGGCCACCAACGAGGCGGGUGCUGCGGGAGAGGCCAAGCCAGGCUUUGGGGAGCGGGUCAAGGGGUUUGCAGUGAAGACCAUCGACCACACCCAGGCAGCUCUGGAGGGAGCCAAGCAGAAGGUCACCAAGCAGACCACCCAGCCUGCAGGGACUACUCCAGAGAGCUGAAGCAUAAGCCAAUAUGCAGGAACUCCAAGCAUGAGGAUUUAUGCUGCCCUGAAGCAUGGCAGCAGCAUGGCCCAAGGAAAUUCAGUCAGCACUUUGAAGGCUUGAGUUGUGUUCAAGAGUGCAUUUUUGGCAAGGGUACCUUGAGAAUGAUGAGCCAUUGACAUGGCUUUGAAGAGCGGUGCUGCGUCUGUUCUGUGUGGCUGUAAAAGCAUGGUGGCAAAAUUUUGAAGAAUGGGGGAAACAUUAAGCGGCAGUGUGCACAGCAGCAUCACCAAGUGUGCUCGCAUGUGAUCUGACUUUCACUGCGAUUUGAGCAUCAAAGUAUGUAGACCUGUUGCGAUGUAAUCUGACGUGUAU